CGGGCGCCCAAGAAUAGCCUAGUGAGAGACUAAUAAUCGAGAGUUUAAUUGAAGCAUUGAGAUUCCACAUAACUCAAAUUACAAGGGUAUUCCCCAACAAAUACAUUCACAACUUAUUCUUUUUUUUUAACAUAUAAAAUAUUAAGUUUCUCUCGUUGUGUUUUUGUUUAUCACAUUCUCAUGCACUUGCAGUUUGCUUUCGAUUUUCACUAACGCUGAUCGUCAAUUUUUCUUGCUGUAUUAAUCAAAUAUUUAUUUUAAUUGCUGUUCCGCAAAAGAUUCUUAUCUUUUAUUUAAUUUUACAUUAUUGGAUACUUCAGAACUCUAUCAGUCAACAUGUUCCAUACUGAAAAAGUGAGUGAAAAAUACAUUAAUAAAGAUAAUUGUCCUGGAUAUUACGAUUACGUUGAAUUAUCAGACGGAGUUAAUCGAUGUGUAUUAACAGAUAAAUAUGUUGAUCAUUUUGCUGAAGAAAUCAAAAACUUUGAAGUAUUUGAAGAUGAUAUUUGGGUCAUAACUUUUCCUAAAUGUGGAACUACUUGGACACAAGAGAUUGUUUGGCUGUUGAACAAUAAUUUGGAUUACGAGGGAGCCAUGAAUACUUAUAUUGAUAUGAGAUUUCCAUUUAUUGAAGUCGGUGCAAUUACGAAAGAGCCAAGAGAUUCAUUAAAUUUGUGCAAACAGUUGCAAAGACCAAGACACAUCAAGACCCACUUGCCGAAAUUCUUGCUGCCAGAUCAAAUUUGGACUGUAAAACCUAAGAUUAUCUACGUAACUCGCAAUCCUAAAGAUGCUGCUGUAUCCUAUUUUCAUCAUUAUCGCCACAUCAUUGGCUAUACAGGAACAAAAGAUGAAUUCUUCGAUGCUUAUCUUGCUGGUAAACUUCUUCAUUCACCAAUUAAUGAAAAUGUUUUGGAGUUUUGGAAAAUUCGUCAUGAACCAAACAUUUUGUUCCUUUAUUUUGAGGACAUGAAGAGAAAUCUGAAGGAAGAAAUCUUGAAAAUGAUGAAUUUCCUAGGUAAGAGCUAUUCUGAAGAACAAAUUGACAAGCUUUGUGAACAUUCAUCGUUUGAGUCAAUGAAGAAGAAUCCAUCAUGCAAUAGAGAACAGAGAAUCAAAACUGUAAAAGCUUCAAAAAAUUAUGUUUCUAAAAAUGAAGAGUUUACAUUUAUGCGUGAGGGAAAGAUUGGAUCUCAUCAUAAGGAAAUGACAGAGGAUCAAAAAGCAAAGUUUGAUAGUUACAUGAAUUAUUCAGAAUUUGAAAGUGUUGGGUUUAGCUAUAAAAUGAACUAAAUCUUAGACAUAUCCAAUAUAUACCAAAAAUCAAUAAAACAAAAAUCUCAUUU